AUGGACGGUCUCAACACUCAGUCUUGCCCAACGUUCGCGAGAGUUCAAACGUACGCAGUAACCCGUGAUCAGUCUCGAAAAUGGCAAGAAGUGGUGUCACCGCGUUGAGUUUGGUCUGCAUGCUGGCCCUUUUGGAAUUUGGGUCAUUCCUGAGGUGCUACCAGUGUGUCUCUGAAAACACCCGGGACUGCGCGGCUGCUACGCCUCCGAAAAGUUUGAUCGUGGACUGCGCCACGCAAGACUCUGUAAACUUCAACAGACUGUACCUGGGCGGUAUUCUGCCUAAUGGCAUCGCUGACGGCGUCCUCGGAGCUUCCCGCUUCUGCCACAAGAUCGUCAUGAAGAACGGCUCCGUCGCCAGGACGUGCCUCGUCGGAGACGCCCACAACCUGAGCCUCAGCUGCUCCCUCAUAGAGGGCGCUGCUCGCGUCUUCACCGACCCCGCCAAGCAGAUCCAGCACUGCAGCGCGUGCGACAAGGACGAGUGCAACUCCGCCGGCGCUAUCGCCGUCUCGCUCCCUCUCGCCUUCCUCGGCCUAGUGCUCUCAUACUUUGUGUCUCAGCAAUAAUAGACAAAAUAGAAAACAAUGAUGGCUUCAGGUCCUAGCACCCUACGCUCAUUGCUAUUGCAUUUGAGGGUGCCCAAAAUUUCCGUGUGUCAGACUUCAAAAUACCUACAAUGAAAAAUUUUAAAGUGAGAUGAAGAUUUUACAAGUAGAUUGAACAAUUUAUACGUAUUUUAUUAAUUCCGAAAUACAUUCAGCUAUAUUCAUCUCAUCGUUGAAAUCUUAACCAGUGCCUUGCAUAAGAUAUAUAGCAAGAUGCACACUACUUUGCUUCACGUUUAUACAUAGAAAGAGCUUAAAAUAUAUAAAGUCUGAUACUACACAAGACAAGACUUAAAGUGAAAACAUAAGGCCUUUAAAGGACUGUUCAUUAUCAUUGUUAUUUAUUUUGCAAUGUUAUACGUAGUUUUAACAUUAUUUGUAGAGAUACGAUAAAUAAUUACUUAUGUUAAACUAGGGCAUUGAAACCAGUAUUAAAUUUGCCGGUAAAUGAAUAAAUUACCGGUUAAAUUAUUUACCGGUUGCAUUCCCUAUAUAGGAUAAAUAUAAAUUAAGUAUAUCGUUACUGAAAAAUAUAGUUUGUUUGCUUAGUGUCUAUAUAUGUACCUGGUACCUGUUUUAUCCCACUGAAUCUCAUAUAUACAUCACAAUAUCCGUAAUAAAUAUAUGUAUCAUGAGGAUCUUAAAAUGAAAUGUAACCUGUUAAAAAGUUUUAGCAAUUCAAUUUUGAAAUAUUCUAGAACCCAAACCCAUUUUUAUAUAAGUAUUUAUUUCCAAUUUUAUGUAAUUACACAUUUUUAAGCAUUUCUUAUGUUUUAGGCAUGGCCGUCCUUGUAAGUUUAUUUUAUUAAAAGUAAAAA